UGUGUGGUUCAGUGCGUCCCUUGCAAACAUUCUUGCUGCACGGUGGGUCCUUGUUGUAAAACCUAACGGACAGUUUUUCAUCAUACAACUUCCCAUGCCACUGAACGUACCCUUGGACUGAUUGCAAAAUAAGUCACGCUUAGUACAGGAAAUUGGCAGGGAACACAGGAACAGGCUCUUCAGUCCACAAUGUCUGUGUCGAACAUGAUACUGAGAUAAAGUAAUCUCCUCUGCCUGCCUGAUCCAUAUCCUACUGUUCCCUGCAUAUCCAUGUGCUUAUCUAAACACCUUUUAAAUGCCACUAUUGCAUCUGUCUCCACCACUACAUCUGGCAUCCAAAUCAAGUCACCCACCACUCUCUGUGUGGAAAAAACCUUGACCUGCAUAUUACUUUUAAACUUUUCUCCACUCACCCUCAGGCCUAGCCCACCAGUCUUCGACAUUUCCACCCUGGGAAGAAGAUUCUGACUACACCCUUUCUAAUACUCUCAUAAUUUUUAGCGGGUCUGCCCUCAAAUUCCAAAAAGGUGGAAGAUCAGUCAUGAUCUUGAAUGGAGGAACAGGUCAAGGGGUUCAUUCGCCUAUGCCUUCUUCUUAAUUGGAUGCUGUAAAGCUUGCCUAGUGUAGGUUGGUGCAAAAAGGAAUCAAGGGAAAGCUGAUGGUUAUCUGUGAAAGAUAAUACAUUGUAUAAAGGAAUAAAGGGAAUGGGACCAAUGGGGAGAUUGCGUCUUUGGAAGGUGACCUACUCCUCCUGGGCCAAAUGGCCUCCAAAACACAAGAUAUUCCAGCAUUGCUAGAAAUUAACUCCAGUACAAAGUUGCCAAGACUUUCGAAUCAGUGAUGAAAAUAAGUUGGUUAUAAAAUCUCAGCCCAGUAAUACGUUUGUUGUACAAUGUUAUAACAUUAAUGAGAACAUUUAUAGUGGAUAAAGUACUUUUAUUUCUCAUUACCUAGAAAUUAGUCUAUGUUAAUUUUGCCUUCCCUCAUUUCAGAAUAGCUGAUAAACACGUUUCAAAGGCUUAGUUAUCUUACAUAAAAUUUUUGCCGUUUCAUUUAGUAUCCACCUGUGCUUCGAGGCUUAAAAUAAGGUGUGUUAUUAGACACCCUAUGAUUGAGUGACGUGACAUCACAUCAAGGUCUUAAAUAUGAGGGAACGUAAUUUUCUUCAGGUAGUCUCAUUUUAGGUUACACUGAGGCAGCUACACAAAGCAAAAAUGUUUUCCAGAACAUUUUACACAAAGGCCUUGUUAUGGAAUAUUUUAAUAUGUUGGCUGCAUCUUUCAGCUUCCGGAUCAUCAAAAAAUAAUGAAACAUCAGCUGAGAGCACUUCAACGUCAAAGGAUAUGAGAAUACAGCCCCGAAUAAUAGAGGUGGAAUCAAUAUCUACCACAGUUACAAAACUAAAUGCACAAGAGAGUCAAAAAGACAAGGACCAAGGAGCAGCACCGGCUUGUAACAGACUGCACCAAAUGCCUCCGAUAUCUCCAACAACCACUCCGGAUAAAAUAACAAUUGUGGUAGAAAAUGUGCACGGGACAGGAAACGAUUCCUCAAUUAACAAAACAAUCACUCAAACCCAAACAUCUACACCCUCCACUGGGCCUGUACCCAUCAUAAUACUUUUACCCACCAAAACGCCUACACCUUCCAUGGCACCUGUACCCAUCGUAAUACUUAUACCCACCAAAACAACGACACCCUCCACAAAAUCUACACCCUCCACACCAUAUAUACCCUCCAUAAUAACUAUACCCAACAAAAUACCUACACGAUCCACGACAACAUCCACAUCUUCUACAACUACACCCUCCACACCACAUAUACCCUACAUAAUAACUAUACCCAACAAAAUACCUCCACCCUCCACGACAUCUACCUCCGCAGCACUUAUACCCUCCAUAAUAACUAUACCCUUCAAAACUUUAGUUGAAACAACAUCUCCAAAAACAGUUGUGCCCGAACAUAUGCAAGAAGCUCCUUCAUGUAACAUCCCAGUACCUCCAUUGCAAUUUCCCCCAGAAUCCACAACAGCAACCACAGCUGAAACAACAUCUACAACUUCUCCAAAGGUAAUUGUGAUAGAAAAUGGACAAAAUCAAAGAGUAGGUCCAACAUCUGCAUCUAAAACAUCUACACCUUCCACAACAACUGUCGAUAUAUCCACAGCACCCACACCCACCCCAAUUGCAAUUAUAACUGCAGCUAAAACAAUAUCGCCACAUACCCCCAAAAUAAUUGUGAUAGACAAUGUAGAAAAUCAAUCGGAAAGUCCCUCAAAUAACAGAGCAAUCACUCAAGCAUCCACAUCUACACCCACCCCAACUACAACCACAGCUAAAACAAUAGCUGCACUGAACCCAAUAAUAAUCGUGAUAGAAAUCAUACAAAACGAAGAAAUUGUUCCCGCAUGUAACAUACGUCAACAACAAAUGUCCACAACUACCCCGACAACUACUGCAGCUGAAACAACAUCUACAAUGUUCCUAACAGUUGUUGCUGAGCCACCAAUUGUUCCUGAAGAAAAUAAGCCAAACAAUCAAGAGAAUCCAGAUUCAUUUCCAGUCGAGAAAAUAAACGCCAUUGAUUACAAUGUGGCAUUCGUUGUGGAAAGUCUGUCUAUUGUAGAAAUACAAGCAAUGCCCUUACAAACAGCAACCAUGAUUUCAACUGAGCUCACAGAUCUGUUUAAGAAGUGCAGUUUCAAUGCAACUUUCUUAAAAUGUGUCGUAAAAGCAUUCAGAGAGGUAACAGUUAACAGCACCAGAGUGGCUGCUGAUUGUUCAUUCCAAAACGUGUCCAACAUGGAACCCAUCAAACCAGAAGAGAUUUAUGAUGCAUUUAGAAGGGAGACCAAUAACCUUUCCACACUGGGGUCAUAUGCACUGCUAAGCUACAGCCUCCUCGUAGAUGAUUUCACCCUCCAGCCCAAUGUCAAUGUUCCAGUUCCAAUCGAGAUAACAAAUCCAAUUGCUUUUAACGUGAUGUUCACUGUCGACAGUCUGUCUUUUGAAGAAGCAGAAAUGAACCCUUCAGGAACAGCAACCACGAUUGAAGCUGAGCUCUCAAAACUGUUUGAAGACAGUAGUAUCGAAGCAACGUUCUUAAACUGUGCGGUAAAAUCAUUCAGAAGGGAAAUGGUUCACAGCACGAGAGUGGCAGCCGAUUGUUCAUUCCAAAACGUGUCCACCAUUGAAUCCAUCAACCGAGAAGAUGUAUCUAAUGUAUUUAGCGAGAAGACCGAUGACAUUUUAUCACUGGGGCCAUAUACGAUUCAAAUCUCCAGCCUCUUUGUAGAAGAUGUCAAUGCACAACCCAAUGACAAUGUUCUAGCUCCAAUCGAUGAAACAUCUCCCAUUGAAUACAACGUGACUUUCAUUGUUGACAAUCUGUCUAUUGAAGAAAUUCAAGCAAACCCUUCAGAAACAGCAACCAUGAUUGCAAAUAAGCUCACAGACCUGUUUGAGAACAGCAGUGUCAAUGCAACGUUCUUACAAUGUGACGUGAAAUCAUUCAGACAAGAAAUUGUUAACAAAACCAGAGUGACUGCUAAAUGUUUAUUCCAAAACGUGUCCACCAUGGAACCCAUCAAACGAGAAAAGAUUUAUGCUGUACUUAAUGAGAAGAUCGAUGACAUUUCCUCACUGGGGCCAUACGUACUGCAAAGCUACAGCCUCUAUGUAAACGAUUUCAAUGUACAGCACAAUGUCAAUGUUCCAGUUCCAAUCGAAGUAAUAAAUCCCAUUAAAUACAACGUGAAUUUCAUUGUUGACAAUCUGUCUAUUGAAGAAAUUCAAGCAAAACCUUUAGAAACAACAACCAUGAUUGCAAAUGAGCUCACAGACCUGUUUGAAAACAGCAGUGUCAAUGCAACAUUCUUAAAAUGUGACGUGAAAUCAUUCAGGUAA